CCCAUUAUUUAUAUAUACUUUAUACUCUACAGAGACCACUUCAAUUCAGACGUAUAUAAAUUACAAUUGUCUUGAUUUGCGAUCAGAAUAAAUGCUUUUACUUAAUCUUACCAUUUCCUUGUGUUUUGGAAGUUGUAUUCUGAUGAAAUGGAUUCAUAUAGAAAAAAAAAAAGUUCUACUAUUAACUCGUCGGCUCUAGAUAACGAGAAAAAAUCUGUUAAACAGCAACAGCUGCCUAUACAAAACCUUUCCUCAUCAGAAGAUGCAUGGCUACCUGCCAUAAAACGACGUCGAAGAUUUACAGCCGAAGAAACUAGGGUAUUGGAGAAAGAAUAUGAGAAGAAUUCAAGCCCAAAUCAAGAAAUGAUACAAGCUAUAGCAAAUAGAAUUUCCACGCCUCGCAAAAUAGUAACAACGUGGUUUCAGAACAGACGCGCCAAAAACAAACGAAAAGAAAAAAGAGUUGAAGAGCAACAGGAUAGCAACUACCAGCAAUGUCAAAUCUUGGAGAGAAAUUCGGGCUUUCCGUCUCAUGCUACAAUGGAGGUUCCGCCCUUCUAUGCGCCCUGUAAUGAAAUAAUGGAAAUGCAAAUACUUCACAACGAUAUAGACUAUCCCAAUUACUGUGCUUUUGAUUCGUUUUUAUCCAAUCAGCAUUCACAGGUUAACUAUAUUGUGAAUAAUAAUACCUACAUACCGCCAGCAGCAACAGCAAAUAGCACGCAACAAUUUUCCUCUUUCGCUUCAUCGCCAGUGGAUGCCUACCAAAAUGACCAUGCAUUUUAUACUACCAAUUCUUACGAUACUACAACGAUGUACGAUCUUUCGCUACAUCCGCACAAUAUGCUAUAUCUACCCUUCGUCCCUCUUCUUGAUGAACAUUCAGUGUUGCAUUAUCAUCAGUUGAGUCAGUUGGAGAUCCAACAGCAGCCUUCAUUGAUAAACACUAAUUCCAUUACAGCACAGACCAUCGACUCUACCAGACAGCAAAACCUUUUUGAGCAUACCCAGUUCAACGCCAGCACUUUGAAUCCCCUCCCAACGUCUUCGACUACGAACACCAGUAUUAGUACUGCUAUAACAGAGAUUCUGACCAAUACAAAUACAGAAUACCCUCUUUACGUCAAUCCGACAGAAUUAUGCACGGAUCGUUCAGCACCUAUUUGCAAAAGACCAGAACAUAUAUCACAGCCGGAAUAAACUACAAGGGUACGGCAACAUUAGAGU